AUGAUGACUGCUGCAUCCAUCGCCUCCACGGACGUGGGGCUGCUGCUGCAAGAUGAUGUUUUUGUUGACUUUUUCAACACCUUUCUGAGCCUUCCUGUUUUUGGCCAGACACCUCUUUACAUCAGUGGCACGGGCCAGUGGUACCUGUGGCCAGAGCUCCCGAGCCACCUGGUGAGAACUUUCCUUGCUUUACUGGCUUGGCUGGAAAAGCACAGGCUGCCUCACUUCUGCAAAUCCAGCCUGUGCCUCCACCUCGUCCUCUGCCAGAAGCUGCUGGCUUUCAUUCGCUCGGGGGAAGCAGGGGAAGAACUGAUCGACUUCUGGCUCAUCACUGAAAGGCUUCUGGGUCUGGACGAGUCAGAUGGGAGUCAGAGGGACCUGUUCUUGUCCCUGCUUCAGAGGCUGAGAGCCACUCACCUGCGCGAGGGCUCCAGCGUCGUCACCCUCUGCACCACCAUCCUUGGAUCUCUGCCGAAAGCCAGGCACAUCCAGUCCCUCAGCACCAGGAGGGAGAUCCUAAGCAAGAUGCAGGAACAGGCCCUUUCUAUGAUCCAGAGUUACUGGCUCCCUAAAUUCUUCGUGCACUGCAGGAUGGGAAUGGAGGAAGAGGAAUCGUGCCAGCCUGUGCUCCAGGAAUAUCAGGAACAUUUAUCACAGGCCUGCUGGCAGGAGCCCCCAGGCCUUUCAGAGCCCCUCCCCACCAUGCACAUCAAAAGGAGCCAGGGCGUGUCAGGGCCCUACUGCAGCCAAAAAGGCAAAUUAGAGAUCUGGGCUCUGGUCAAGGAGGGGAGAGACAGCCAAGAACUGAAAAUGGACACUUUUUGGGUGAAACCAGAGAAGCAGCCAGGGCCAGCUGAGAGCACUGAGGGAUUGUGUCCGGAUGAGGAUGCUUUGGGAUCGAUUCCCCAGCAGUCAGAGUGUCCUGCCUUUGGAGGCAGAGGGGGAGGAACAUUUCCUGGAAAACCUCAGUCCAGUGCAGAGCAGGAUCUAGAAGACCUCUGUAAGGAGAAAGUCCUCUCUGACCCGCCUCCCUCUGCAUCCCUUGCCCAGCUGCCAUCCCUGAAAAAGCCAGUCAAUACCUUGGAUUUCCUUCCCUGGGCCCUGAGUGCCGAGGUCUGUGCGGGACGACCCUUCAGAGACUUCCUGCAGCACCAGAACAGGCCCAUGGAGACUCAUCUCCUGGACCUGUGGCACGACCUGGAGGAGUUUCUGCCCGUGGUGCUGGACUCCAACAGAGAAAACAGCUUCUUCCUGCGCCAUUUGAUUGGGGAAAAGAUCUGCAAGACCUACCUGGAGGAGAGCAGCAGUGAGAAGCUUCCCUUGGAGACCAGGACUCUCAUGAGUCUGUGGGAAUAUCUGAUAUGUGGAGAAUUCUCCCCUUGGAUAUUCAGAGCCCAGAAGGAGAUUUGCAAGGUGCUCUGCAGCCUCUAUGAGGAAUUUCUGGCUGUUGAUGACAGGACGUUCCUCCAGUUUAUGGCUCCAGGGAUGGACGUCCCCAUGGCCGAGGUGUCAGGCCGUGCUGCCGGCACAGGAAAACAUUUCCACCUGUCCCAGAGGAUGAACCAGUCCCUGAAGCUGAGCCAGGCCUUGCACGGCACCAGGAGCUUGGAGGAGGUCUCCUCCAGGCACUGGCAAUUGCUUGCUGCCCGGGACCUCCGGAAAGGGGGCUCCAUCCAGGCAGAGCUGGAGCUGCUCCUGGGCAGUGAUGAGUUACAGAGGAUUAUGGCAGAUGUGCAGGAUGUGGGUAGCCCAAGCAAGGAAGAGGAGCUUCUGCAGCUCAUGAGUACAGCAUUUGCUGUUGCAUCCGAAAGGAUUGCUAGAGAGAAUGCUGCUGCUGCUGCAAGGAGGAAGGCAUCUAGAAAACGCAGGUUUGAGGAGGAUGACGAGGAGGAUGAGGAAGAGGAGGAAAAGAAAAGGAAGCAGAAGGAGCAGCAGCAGGAGGAGGAGGAUUUGUUUCCCUGGAGCAAAAAGCCCAAGUCUAGGCGUCGCCAGCACGUGCAGGAAGAGGGAGUGGGACAGAGGAUGGGAUGGGCCUGGGAUGCCAUCCGGGAGCUUGUCGGGAGCUUCUGCAAGUUCCAGAGGGAGAUGAAAAAUCAAGAACGCCGUGCAGAAUUUGAGGAGUUUCUCCGUCAGGAGCGAAGAAACGAGAGGGAAAACUUGCCCAUCAAGGAGAAGAAGAAGAAGAGCAAAAGUCCCGCUAAGAGCUCCCGCUCCCGCAAGGGCAAAGCCCAGCCGCAGAAGGUGACGCUGGUAAAGCGCCGCAUUUUGGACAAACAGCUCAUCAUCAUCAGCUUCCUCGUCAAUGACCUCCGCUUUUACCUGGAGAUGGACAAGUUUUCCAGGUUGGCUGACUCCAUAGGAGCUGUGGCACUCCACAAGAUGCGGUCAGAAAGGCACGUCGCCUUUCUCAGAAAGAAACGUGAAAUCAUCAGCAGACUUUUCCUGAACUCUGAUCUCCCCCCCAAGCUGCGGGUCAACAUCUCUGAGAAAGAGAGGGAUUUAAUCUGCCGUCCAUCUUCCAAGGGGCCACUGACCCGAGCUAUCUACCACAACGCCAAGGUCACCCUCUUCCCCAUCCUGAUGUACUUCUGGAGAAGGUUCUGCAUCUGGAAGGUGAUGAGGAGCUUUCGGGCCUACCAGGGGGACAAGAGCUCUGAGACCAAUGAGGAGGACGGGAGUUUUCAGCUCACCAAGGGGGACAAGAACUUGUUGGGCCACAAGGAAGAGAAGAGAUCAGAGGAGCCCAGGGGGGACAAGAGCUCCUGGGGCUACAAGGAGGAGAGGAGAUCUCAGGAACCCAAGAGGGACAAGAGCUCCUGGGGCUACAAGGAGGAGAGGAGAUCUCAGGAGCCCAAGAGGGACAAGAGCUCCUGGGGCCAAAAGGAGGAGAGGAGAUCUCAGGAGCCCAAGAGGGACAAGAGCUCCUGGGGCUACAAGGAGGAGAGGAGAUCUCAGGAGCCCAAGAGGGACAAGAGCUCCUGGGGCCAAAAGGAGGGCAGAGUUCCAACCUCUGCACCUCCUGGAAAAACCCCCUCCAAAGCACCCAAGAUCCCUGGUCCCAAGAAGCUGGUGGCCAUUCCCUCUGCUACACGUUAUGCUCCAGGUAGAAGGGCUGUCCUCAUCUUCACGCUGUCAGGCGGCCUCGAGCUCCUGCUGCCACGGCCCGAGGUGAUAAAGGAGCCUUCAGAGGAGGAAAAAGAUGCAGGUCCCAGCGAGGAGAAGAGGCCUUCGCUCAGCGAGUCUGCCCCACAGGGAGGGAAUGAAGGGAAGCUCAGCCCUCCCAAGACAGCACCCACACAGGUGGGAUCUGAGGAAGUUGAGCAGCCUGGACACAGGGAGUCAUCUGAAGUUUGUCAGCAAUAA